AUGAAAUAUAUUAACCUAAUUUUUAUUUUAAUUUGUUUUUAUAUAAAUUAUCAAAGUAUUGGUGCUGAUAGAAAUGAAUUCCCCAUAAAUGAAAUUCUUGCUGCUAAAAGUAUUCUAAAAUCACUUUAUAAUUUUGAAGCAAAAACUUUAGAAGAAAUUUGUUUUUAUGGUUGUUUUGUAUGUUCACCUAUUUAUGAACCAAAAACAUAUGGUAUAACUACAAUUAGAAUAAACUCUACAAGAUUAUCUUUUGUUUCUUAUGAUUUCAGUAUUUUUCGAUAUUUAUCUGAAUUAAUAAUUGAAGAAAAUAUUCAAAUACAAACCGUAUUUUAUGAAAAAACACUUCCUUUAUUAAAAAAUUUAGAGCUUUUAGAAGUUUCAAAACAAGAACAACCUUUCCCAGAUAAUUUUAGUCCCCCAGAAAAAUUGAAAACUGUUCAAUUUAAUUCAAUUUCUGUGCCAUUAAGUUCAAUUUGGUUUGAGGGAGUUAUUAAUAGAAUAAUUGUUAAAAAAACAUUACCUGGUUUUAAAUAUCCAAAACUAACAAAAAUAAAUACAUAUAUAAAUACAUUGAGUUUAUCACUCAAUCAUAUUGAUACAAAUGUACCAUCAAUGGAUUUAUUCCCAAAUUUAGAAUUAAUAAAUUUUCAAAUUCAUAAUGAAAUGUCUCAAAAAGGUUACAAGAAUUUUUCAAUAGAUUCAAUUAAUCAAGAUUGGUAUAAAAGAGUCAAUGCAAUGGAAAUCCAAUUCAUAAACUCUGGUAAAGAAGCAACAAUUCAAAAAUUCACAUUACAACAAUCAUUAAUUUCAAGAUUUAAACUUGACUAUUUACUUAUAGAUGGAAUUGGUUUUACUGUUGAUCCAUCUAUUGGUUAUUUAAAUUUUUCAAAGAUGACUGAUAAAGGUUUUGUUUUACAUAUAGUAGGAGAUUGUGAUCUAAUUAAAAAAUGUAAAAUUUCUAAUUGUGUUGUAAUGCCUAAUGUUGCAGGAAAAAAAUACCAAAAUGAAAUUAUAGGUCCUUGUAUUACUGGUCGCUAA